UGGGGGCCCUACCUGAUCUCCAGGUGGAAGGGCCCUUGGUCAGCGGUGCAGCGGCUGCUUUGCAUGCAGAAGGCCUCAGGGCAAGGUAGGGCUGGGAGAGACUCCCUGCCUGAAACCCUGGAGAGCCGCUGCCAGUCCGUGUAGACAAUACUGAGCUAGACGGACCCAAUGAUCCGAUUUGGUAUAAGGCCGCUUCUUAUAUUCCAGCCCAUAGGGGGUGACUUAGCUCGCUCGCCCUCCACUCAGGCAUGGGUUUUAAACAUACGAAUGAGGGAGCAAGGCCUGUUAAACUCAGUGGGGCUUUACUUCUGAGUAGACGUGCUUAGAAUCGUACCGUGCAGAGAAACGAUUGUGUUGGGUUAGGCCUUACUUACCUAGGCACUGGACCGUACGGUAUGGUUAAACACUGGAGCACCUAUGCCUCUUUUGGGUCUGGGCACCUUCCGCCUGCAGGGCGAGGAGGCGGUGCGUCUCAGCCUAGAUGCUGCUCUGGGGAACGGCUACCAUCUGGUGGAUACGGCUGCUGUCUAUGGCAAUGAGGCAGCUAUCAGGCACGCUCUAAGCGAGUUGCUGCCGUGCCAUGGCCUGGCUCGUGGAGACAUUUUCCUGACCAGCAAGCUGAGCCCAAGAGACCACGGAGAAGAGUCAGCUGAAAGGGCCUGCCUUCGUAGUUUGAAGGAACUGGGCUGUGAUUACCUGGAUCUCUACCUCAUCCACUGGCCUGGCACCCAAGGCCGGCCCCAGGAGGAUGAGGGCAACCGAGAACAGCGACAACAGAGCUGGCGGACUCUGGAGAAGUUGCACAGUGCCGGGAAGCUCCGGGCCAUCGGGGUCUCCAAUUACACCAUCCGGCAUUUGGAGGACCUGUUGGCGGGAUGCCGGGUACCCCCGGCUGUCCUCCAGGUCGAAUUCCACCCAGAACUAGCGCAGUCAGAGCUGCUGGACUUUUGUCGCCGGAAGGGGAUCCACCUGCAGGCAUACUCCUCACUGGGGACAGGCCAGCUUGUGGGGCGGCCAGAGGUGGUGAAAGUGGCCAAACGGCAAGGGCGCCUCCCUGCUCAGGUCUUGUUGCGCUGGGCCCUGCAGCAAGGUGUGAGCGUGAUCCCAAAGUCGGCGUCAACAAGCCGCGUGGCAGAAAAUUGCCAGCUUUGGACUUGGGACUUGAGCCAGGUGGAUAUGGAGGAAUUGAGCGCAUUGGAUUGUGGGAAACGCUACUGCUGGGAUCCGAGUAAUGUGGCUUAGGGGAAAGAUGGGGGAACUGUGAUGCUUGAGGUGGUAACUCGCAUCAGCCACAACCAGCAUGGUCACUGUUCAGGGAUUGUGGGAAUUGUAGAUCAACAGUAUUGCUGGACUACAGCUCCCAUCAGCCCCAGCCACCAUGGCCAGUAGUCAGGGAUGAUGGGAACUGGAGUCCAAGAACAUGCGGAGGACCACAGAUUCACCAUCCUUGACUCAACAGCAUAGGGCAGACUGGGGGACGUGGGAAUGGGGACAAAACCUCAUCCUGAAGUUACUACUAUGAGGCGUGGGGAACCUUAGGCCCUGCAGACGUUCCUGAACUACAAGUCCCAUCAGGCCCAGCACGCAUGACCAAUGCUAGGGAUGGUGGGAGUUGUCAUUCAGCAGCAUCUGCAGGGCUAAAGGUUCCCCACACUGGACUAAUAUCCACCCCAUUGGAAAUGCCAUCAUUUCUUCUAAAAUUGAAAACAGUGCCUUUGUCAAAUUGCAGUUUUGAAAGUCGUCUUUUAAAAGCCUGAUGACAAAACACCAAGCAGUGGAUGGAGAAACUCAGGUUUCACUUGUCUCUUGCGUAUACUACCAGGAUCCACAAACAGAGUUCUAGGACGGGAUAGGAAUCCAGAUAUUAUUGGACUUCAACUCCCAUUAGCCCCAGCCAGCACAGCCAGGGAUGAUGGGAGCAUCCUAGAGGGUACUAGGAUUCCCCAUCCUUGCUCUAACACCCAUCAGCUCCGGCCCAUAUGGCCAAUGGUCAAGGCUGAUGGAAAUUAGGGGUUCAGCAACAUGUGGAGGGCCACAGGUUCUGCCCUCCCUUUCCUAGACACACAACCUAUCAGGGAUCACAUAUUAGAUGCACUUAGAGGUAUGAAGCAGUAAUGGGGAGCCCAUGGCCCUCCAUUUGUAAUCUAAAUAUGUCUGGAGGGCCACAGGUUCCCUGCUCUAAGACAAAAGAGUGAUAUUGCAUAGGAAUUCAAAUUCUCCGAAUCCCUUUGGAUUUCAAUAUUUACAAAUUUAUUCCCGAUACAGCUAAGGCCAGAUUGUGGAAUCUUAACUGGAAGCCUGAACUAACGUUAAAUGGCAGUGACACGCUCUUAAGCCAGAGGUAUUUAAUAAACGUUUAAUAGCAUGUAAUAAAAGCUCAUACAAAUUA